AUGGCUGACAAUCCCCCUACCGCCCCGGCUUCAUCAGGCCAAGGCCGUGGUGGUGGCCGCCGUCGUGGCCGCGGAGGUGCCCCUCCUACCGGCCGGGCAGAUGGACAACGCAACACUGGGGAUGGAGCCAGCAAAGGAAAUAAAUCUCGUGGCCGUGGAGGCAGAGGGUCUGGUGGACGCGACAAGCAACAGGGUGUCGAUGAAUCCAAGGAGGCUAAGUCCCAUACACCGGUAGCUACUGCGACAGUACAAGCGAAAGAAGGGCCCGCAGCUGCCGAUGAUGCCGACGACGUCGACGACGGUGAAAUUUGCUUCAUUUGCGCCUCAAAUGUUGAGCAUACAUCGGUGUCGCCAUGCAACCACCGAACCUGCCAUAUUUGUGCGCUGCGGUUGCGUGCUUUAUACAAGAACAAAUCCUGCGCCCAUUGUCGAACUGAGUCGGCCUUUGUCAUCUUCACGGAUGACCCGGUUAAACGAUUCGAGGACUUCGAGAAAAAGGAGUUUGCUCGGACAGACGACAAUCUGGGUAUCCAUUAUGAAAAGGACGAGAUUUUCGAAGAUACUGUGCUGUUGCUGCGAUACAACUGCCCUGAUGAGGAUUGCGAUGUUGCGUGUCUUGGCUGGCCGGACUUGCAUCGCCAUGUGAAGAGCAAGCAUGGGAAGGUGAUGUGUGAUCUCUGCACGAGAAACAAAAAAGUUUUUACCCACGAACAUACCUUAUUUACGACAGCCGAGUUGCGGAAGCACGAGAAGUAUGGCGAUCACAAGCCCGGUGCCAUUGACCAGAGUGGUUUCAAAGGACACCCUGAGUGCGGCUUCUGUCGACAACGAUUCUAUGGUGAUGAUGAGCUUUAUGCCCACUGUCGCGAUAAACAUGAGCGCUGCCAUAUCUGUGAUCGCCGGUCCAGCAACCGCCAACAGCAGUACUACAUCGAUUACAAUGCCCUAGAGGGCCAUUUCCAGAAGGACCAUUUUCUAUGUCUCGAUAAAGAAUGCCUGGAAAAGAAAUUCGUGGUAUUUGAUUCCAAAAUGGAUCUCAAGGCCCAUCAGUUGGAGGCCCACCCGGAAGGGGUUUCCAAAGAUGUGCGUCGGGAUGCUCGAAUGGUGGACCUUGCGGAAUUCGAUAUCCGGACCCCAUAUCAGCCGCAGCGUCAACGCCGCGGCGCUGGUCGCGGCCGUGAUCCUAAUGCUGAGCCUCUUCCUGUCUCUAGCGCGCAGCAAUUGGGACGCGCUGAGCAGGCCUUCCAGCGGCAGCAGGCGAUCCAGAGUGCACAAUCAGUCACUACGCGCAGCUUCGGAGGCCAGCUCACCCGAAAUGAAACCCAAACCGUACAGGCACCAGCUCGUUCAGCAGCUGCCACGCCAGUCCCGUCCUCCCUCCGGUCUCAACCACCACCCACCUCAGAGCUCGAGAGUCUCAGUCUUGCUGUGAGCUCAGAGCCGCUCAGCUUGCAAGACCAAGCUCGUCGCCUGCGCCAUUCGGCCGUGGUGGAGCGAGCGUCCAACCUUCUCCGCAACGAUACUGCUAAGAUGAAUGAAUUCCGCAGUCGAGUUUCCAGCUUCCGUUCAUCAGCAAUUGGACCAACCGAACUCAUCGACGCUUUUUUUGUUCUCUUUGAUACAUCCAGCGCUGAGCUUGGUAAGCUCAUUAAAGAGCUAGCCGAUAUCUAUGAGGAUGAGUCUAAACGCAACAGCCUGCUUCAAGCAUGGAAUGACUGGCGCGCAAUUAAUGAGGACUAUCCUGCCUUGCCGGGACCUGGUGGUCUCUUGCCGGGUAUGUCUCCUGCGACGGUGAGCACCGGUGGUAAGCGUGUCCUACGACUCAAGUCAUCCACCGCACAAUCGUCUCGCUCUUCUGUAGGACGAAGUGGAGCCCUUUCUUCAUCAUCUUCUCCAUCUAAUCCAUUUCCUCCCCUCUCCGCCGCUGUCGGUUCUUCCUCCCGUCGCACGCCUGUAGCAUCCGCCACUCCCUGGGCCGCCGCUCCUCCGCCACCUCUUGCACGACCACCAUAUUCCAGCACUCCCAGCUCCUCCUCCUCUGCAGCUCCCGUGAAGGCUGCUCGUCCACCAACGAGUACUGCAGAUUCUUUUCCUGCACUCCCCGUGGCCGCCAAACCCAAUGUUAUGAUGGCUGGCAAGACUCGCGGCUAUGUCCGCUGGGACGAGCGCAAAGGCCCUGCUCCCAGCGCUUGGGGAUCAAACUCAUCUUCCGGAAUUGCAUCGCCAGCCGAGCCAGUCGAUGCCGAUUUUGAAGAUACCUCUGAGGGGAAAAGGGGCAAGAAAAAGAAGGGCAAACAGACCCUGUUCCACUUUGGUUGA